AUGAACCUUUUUGAUGUGGCUGAUUACUAUAUAAACAAGAUUGUAACUUCUCGAUCGAAGUUGAGCUUGGCUAAUGUUAACGAACACCAAAGGAUCAAGAUUCUGCUGUUAGAUAAAAACACCACCCCGACAAUAUCCUUAUGUGCUACUCAAAGCGACUUGUUGAAGCAGGAGAUCUACUUGGUAGAAAAAAUUGAAAAUGAACAACGGGAGGUCUCAAGACAUUUAAGGUGCUUAGUUUACGUUAAACCCACCGAAGAAACGCUGCAAUGUCUCCUGCGUGAGUUAAGAAACCCUCGAUAUGGCGAAUAUCAAAUAUUUUUCAGCAAUAUUGUUUCCAAAUCUCAGUUGGAAAGGCUAGCGGAAUCUGAUGACAUGGAGGCAGUUACUAAAGUUGAAGAAAUAUUCCAAGAUUUUUUUAUCUUGAACCAGGAUUUAUUCUCGUUGGAUUUGCAGCCUAAGGAGUUUUUGAGUAAUAAACUGGUUUGGAGCGAGUCAGGGAUUGCAGGAUGCACCAACAGUCUGGUGUCUGUACUUUUGUCCCUGAAAAUAAAACCAGAAAUUAGAUUUGAAGGUGCUAGCAAACUUUGUGAGAGAUUGGCUAAAGAAGUUUUCUAUGAGAUUGGUAAGAAUGAAAGAACAUUUUUUGAUUUCCCAGUAGUGGACUCAACGCCUGUAUUGCUGAUUUUAGAUCGCAAAACAGAUCCUAUAACUCCUUUGCUGCAACCUUGGACUUACCAAUCAAUGAUCAAUGAGUAUAUAGGUAUUAAGCGAAAUAUAGUUGAUCUCUCAAAGGUGCCUAAAAUUGAUAAAGACCUAGAAAAGGUCACUUUAUCAUCGAAACAAGAUGGCUUUUUUAAAGACACGAUGUAUUUGAAUUUCGGGGAGCUAGGUGACAAAUUAAAACAAUACGUGACCAACUACAAGGACAAGACACAAACAAAUAGCCAAAUAGACUCUAUUGAAGAUAUCAAAAACUUCAUUGAGAAGUAUCCCGAGUUUAGAAAGUUAUCCGGAAAUGUAGCAAAGCACAUGGCUAUUGUUGGGGAGUUAGACAGACAGUUGAAGACAAGAAAUAUAUGGGAGAUCAGCGAAAUAGAACAGAAUCUGUCUGCACACGAAGCUAAUGAAGGAGAUUUCUCUGAUUUGGUCAAACUGCUACAAAAUGAAAACGUAGAUAAGUAUUACAAGUUGAAACUUGCGUGUAUUUAUUCUUUAACUCAUCAGAUAAAUUCAGAUAAAACCCAUCAACUGAUUGAGCUUUUGACACAACAACUUUUACCGGAGGAUGUGAAUUUUUUCCAUAGAUUUAAAUCCUUUUUCAGCCAUCAAAGUAAAACCGCUCAAAGUAAGCGUGAUAAAGACGAUAUACUAAGUGAAUUAGCAAGAAGAUUUAAUAGUAGAAUGAAUUCUAAAAGCAAUGCAGCCGAAAACGUCUAUAUGCAGCACAUUCCAGAAAUCUCCUCGUUACUCACAGAACUUUCUAAAAAUGAGCUGUCCAGAGAUCGUUUCAAAACUGUGGGCGGCCAAAACCGUGGGACGACUCAGAACCGUAUGGAUAUGCCUCAGGAUGUCAUAUUAUUCGUUAUUGGCGGUGUAACUUACGAGGAAGCAAGGCUGGUUCAUGAAUUUAAUGAAACAAUGAAUACUAGAAUGAGAGUAGUCUUAGGAGGUACGUCUAUAUUAUCGACUAAAGAAUAUAUGAAUUCCAUAGAACUAUGA